GGGGCUCUGGCUGUUUAUUGUUCCUUCCUGGACGCCGACGGAGAGGCGACAAAAACAGGCUAGCGAGCCGCCGACUACCCUCUUCACAAGCUUCCACGGCCCGCGUUUUCUUUUUAACCAAGGUGUUAACGGUUAGGACCAGGUGACUGCACGAAGCCGAGGCCGCCAUGGCGUACGCGUACCUCUUCAAAUACAUCAUCAUCGGGGACACGGGUGUGGGAAAGUCAUGUCUAUUACUACAGUUCACAGACAAGAGGUUUCAGCCAGUUCACGACCUCACCAUUGGUGUUGAGUUCGGCGCAAGGAUGAUCACUAUAGAUGGCAAACAGAUCAAAUUGCAGAUCUGGGAUACGGCCGGCCAGGAGUCUUUCCGAUCCAUCACCAGGUCUUACUACAGAGGAGCAGCAGGAGCACUGCUAGUCUAUGACAUCACAAGAAGGGACACUUUCAACCAUUUGACGACCUGGUUAGAGGACGCCCGCCAACAUUCCAACUCCAAUAUGGUCAUCAUGCUUAUUGGUAACAAGAGUGACCUCGAAUUGAGGAGAGAAGUGAAGAAAGAGGAAGGUGAAGCUUUUGCCAGAGAACACAACCUCAUAUUCAUGGAGACCUCAGCCAAGACCGCCUCUAAUGUAGAAGAGGCUUUCAUCAACACAGCGAAGGGGAUCUAUGAGAAGAUCCAGGAGGGAGUGUUUGAUAUCAACAAUGAGGCUAACGGUAUUAAGAUUGGACCUCAGCAUCCUACCACCAACUCCACACUGUCCAGUAGCCAGGGAGGCCACCAGGCUGGGGGGGGCUGCUGCUGAAGCCCCAAAACACACCUCCUCCUCCUCUUCCUCCUCUUACCCCUCUUCCUCCGGUCCUACCCUUUCUUCUCCUACCCUCCUUUGCGUUUCUACAGAAUUGUCCCGGCCCACUAAUGGUUUAACCUCUUUCUACCGCUUCAUUCUUUCAUCCAUCUAUCCUCGUGUCCUGAGUCUCUUGAGGAUCCUCAUGAGUCAAUCUGACUUCCUACAAUCUUAUAAAGACAAAAUCAGCUUCACCUGUACAUUUAAUCAAUUUAGAAGUGUCCACUUUUUUGUUUUCUAUAGAUAAUGAGAUUUUAAACUUUUUUUUUUUUUAUUAUUAUUAUUUAUUUAAAACACACCCACACCGUUGCUGGAAUAUUUAGUGUUAUCCCAGCAGUUUAAUUUAUACAUUUUCUCUAAACUGAAAUGGAUGAUGUAUUUCAGAAUCUCAAAAUCACACAAACCCAUCUUUGGUCAUGUGAGCUGACUUUGUCUAGAGAGCAGUAGGACUGGAGGUAGAAAUUAAACUCUCUUAAUGACUGACUGUAUGGAAAAAAACCGGGUACUAUGUUGUGUCUAUACACACAUCAGUUCAUGUUUUUAAAGACUGUGCUGAUAGCGGGACGUGUUUCUACAUGCUGAGUCAGUUUUCGUGCUGUGCCUGUGUGUAUAGGGACGAUAAAGGUAUUCCAGGAUGUCAGUUUGUGCAGUGUGGGAUAAAUUCAAGUCACUCUGUAUUAUUUGUCCAUAAAAAAAAGUCAAAUUGUUGCCAUUUUUGUCCAUCCUUUCCUCGCUUUUUUUUCUUGUCAUGUUACUUUGUUCUCUUCCCGUUUUUGUGCCCUUUUUUUGUUGACUUGCGGAUGAUUUGUAUUUAAAGAACACUAAAAACUGGUUGUGGCUUAAAGAGUGUUUUAAAACCACCUGGGUAGAGAAUAAAGACCAAGCUGGUGUGUGAACAUGAGUCCUUCUGGAGCAACAGAGGAAAGCUGAAACGUUCAAGAAUCCUGACAGUGAUAGCUGCAUUAUGAAGUUAAGUCGUAAGAUUUGGGAAAGAUUGAAAUGGAAAUAAAAACAUUCUUUUUUUUUUUCUUUUUAAAUCUAAACCAUAUUUAUCAGGCUCAGUUCUGUGUAUAUAUGGCUCUUUAGUUUUCUGUAACUCUUUUUGGAUGUUUAAGAUAAAAACGGCUUUGUCGUUGUGAUCUAGUUAUGUCUUCACCAGGAAAUGGAAAAAGACGCUGCUCUGGUCCUUCAGCUUUUUAGCAUUUUUAAUGAUUCUCAUUUAAACCCAAAGGAACUCCACCCCCCCUGUUGCAUUAAGGUUGGAGGAGCCUUUUCUUUUAAAUGACAAAUAUAAAUGGUAACAGGCUAUUAACAGGACGGAGCAGAGGCAUUCGAAGUCCCUGAUGGGAAACAGACUCCACCUGAAAAUGUCAGGGCUUUUCUCUUUUAAACAAGCUAAGACUUCACCAUGAAUUAGCUGGCAGAUAUAAUGUGUAUUGUUUAAGGCUUGAUCAGUGGCUGCUGCAAUGUCUUUUUGUUUUCAUUUUGCUUCAAGAUCCAAUGUAAUACGCACCAUUUUAUUCCUAUGGCUGCAUUUUGCUGCUUUUGUUACUUAUUGUUCACCCCUUUUUCUCUCAUCCCCAAUCUUCCUCAGACUGUGCGGUCACGAUAGCUCUGUACAUACUGUUAAUGCCAAAUUAAUGUGCUUAUCUGUGUUUUAUUAAUGGGCAAUCGGGGCGGGGGGGGAACACAUCAGCUACACCACUUUAGUCUAACCUGAAAUCCUGAAAUCAGCUGUCUGCCUUAACUCCGACCCCCUGAGAGAUUUGGACAGCUGCGAAAAAAAAAAAGUGAAUGACCCUUGACCAGGCAUUUUACCACUGACUAGCUCGCCAACAAUGCAUAACACAUGCAUAGACGCACACUGAAGGACAUGUCUUAGAAAGAGGCCUAGUUUGGAUUGUUGGAAAUCGGGGCAUUUGAAAUUCUUUCUUUUUUUUUUUUAUCUCCCCCUCUCUCUUUCUCUUUUUCCAUCCCCUCCAUGCGUGCAUACACAUCCAGCCUGCAUACAGCACAUGUGUGCACGAGUAGAUGAUGCAUAUGUGUAAUCCUGUCUAUCUAACCAAGCUGUGUUUCCUCUCCAGCCUAACUGUACAACUGUUUUGGGUUUCACAGCAGUGCAAGUGAAGUCGUUUUCCUUGGCAGUGUGUUCUUCUAUCAUUUUAGUUUUAUUAUUUUUUAAAUUCCUAGAUAUAUUCAAGCAGUUAUUAAACUUAUUCUGAUGAUUAUCCUUUGUAAAGCAACAUGUAUUGUAUGUAUGUGUGUGUGGGUGCGUGUGUGUGCGGACCCAGAGGGGUUAUGGGUGGAGGAUCAAACCAAACGUGACACAUCUAUUAUCUAUCUAUCUAUGGAUUACCUAUGUGGCCCUCCUCUGUCGCUCUUCCCUCUUCUUCCUGCUUCUCCUCCUCCCCGACAUUAUUUGCUGUGUUUGUUCUUUGGAAAAAAUAAAACGUAAAAAAAGGAAAAAAUUAAAAUGCUAUCACAAUAAACUAUAAUAAAACAUU